CAGGACCCAGAGGCAGACCUUGCUGGCUCGGGAAGGGGGUAGAAGCAACCCUUGAGAGCAGUGGCCACAGCAGCAGUGGCAGCCGCACCGCCACCCCACCUGUCUCCCACUGCCUGGAAACAAUGCUCCUGGCGACGUUCAAGCUGUGUGCUGGGAGCUCCUACAGACACGUCCGCAACAUGAAGGGGCUGAGGCACCAAGCUGUGCUCGCCAUCGGCCAGGAGCUGAAUCGGAGGGCACUGGGGGGCCCGACCCCGGGGGCGUGGAUUAACCAGGUUCGGCGUCGGAGUUCUCUGCUUGGCUCUCGGCUGGAAGACACUCUCUACAGCGACCAGGAGCUGGCCUAUAUCCAGCAGGGAGAGGAGGCCAUGCAGAAGGCCCUGGGCAUCCUCAGCAGCCAGGAGGGCUGGAAGAAGGAGAACCAGCAGGCGAAUGGGGACACGGUACUGAGUAAAGUGGUCCCCGACAUGGGCAAGGUGUUCCGGCUGGAGGUGGUGGUGGACCAGCCCAUGGAGAGGCUUUACGAAGAGCUUGUGGAGCGCAUGGAAGCGAUGGGAGAGUGGAACCCGAAUGUCAAGGAGAUCAAGGUCCUGCAGAAGAUUGGGAAGGAUACAGUCAUCACCCAUGAGUUGGCUGCAGAAUCAGCAGGAAACCUCGUGGGGCCCCGGGACUUCGUGAGUGUGCGCUGUGCUAAGCGCCGAGGCUCCACCUGUGUGCUGGCCGGCAUGGCCACACACUUCGGGGAGAUGCCCGAGCAGAAAGGGGUCAUCAGAGGGGAGCACGGUCCCACUUGCAUGGUGCUCCAUCCCCUGGCUGGAAGUCCCUCGAAGACCAAACUCACCUGGCUGCUCAGCAUUGACCUCAAGGGAUGGCUGCCGAAGACUGUCAUCAACCAGGUCUUAUCGCAGACCCAGGUGGACUUUGCCAACCACCUGCGCAAGCGCCUGGAGGCCAGCCCUGCUCCCAAUGGGUGUUAAGGACCAGCCUGUGCUUCCCACUGUUCCCGGCUGCGCUGGCUUGCCUGCUCAUCAGGGAGAUCCCUGCCAGAAGCCUACAAGUCUGUUUAAAAUCUUCAUCCGGGGACUGGGGAACGGGGCUGGGGUGUACUUAGAGUAGGAUGCUGGGACUGGCAAAAUUUUAGGACCAAGAAAGUGGGGACAGAGCUGUUAAGAGAAAGAGCUUUCUAACUCGAUUCAAGGAUUAGCUGUGAAAUGAAGGUGAAGGGCUCCAACAUAUUUGUAAAACUUCCUUCUGGGCUCUUACACAUCUAUUUAAAAACAUCUUUAUAAAAUGGCUACUAGCUGACACAGGGCAGAGGGUGCGAAGUACAGGGACCAGGACCUCAUGCUUGAGGGGCUCAAGAGCUCCAUUCCCUGCAGGCAGUGUGUGUGGGGCUUCACAAAGGGACUCAGGCAACCAUCUGCUCCUCUACCAAAAUGGAAGAGCACUACACCAAAGACCAAGCAACUCCCCACAGCAGAUGCAUUCUAGAAAUGUAGUCUAUGUUUUCUUGAUUGAAAAAAAUACAAAACGAAUUCAACUAGUUACCCUACUUCUUCCAUGAGCACCAGUCAGAAUAAAGAGUCGUAAUUAAGACACAA